CUGCGCGUUUCAUGUUUUUGUUGCAAGCUUCGUACAUCGGAUUUCAAUCUGUCAAAAUCUUCCAUCGCAGAAUCGAAAGAAAAAAUCGGAAAUCCUGUUGAUUUUUACAUUUCGUGUUUUAAAUUUUUGAGAUUUCAUGUAAAAUUCAUGUGCAUUCGUGAAGGACGGGCUUCGGAAGUGAUUAAGAAGUGAAUUUAGGUGAAAAACGCAUUUCUCUGGAUUGAAGCUUCCGGAGGAAGAUGUAGGGCGCGAUUGGGACGUUGUGUGUACGUGCGUUCGAGCAUAAACUCUGUUUAUAAACGUUUCUGUGUGGAAAUCCGGCCGAAUCACGAUGGAGGAUCAAAUAAGUCAAGAUUCCAGCGACGUUGAGAUGAACAACUCCAAGGGGGUCUUGCUGAAAAUUGCAAACCUCUAUGCGGAGCAGUUGAUGUCCGACGUUUGCCUGGUGGUGGGUGCCAAUCGCUAUCCGGCCCACCGGGUUAUUCUAUGUGCCAGCAGCGAUGUGUUCCAGGUGAUGCUCAUGAAUCCGGAGUGGAACGAGUGCCGCGAGAGUGUGAUCGAGCUGAAGGAGGAUCCCAUGUGUUCGAUGGUGUUCCCCCAGUUUCUCAAGUACCUGUACGUGGGCCAGAUCAAGGUUUCCAUCCAGACGGUGAUGCCGAUGCUGGAGCUGGCCGACAAGUACAACAUCAAGGAUUUGGUGGAGCUUUGUGUGGACUAUAUGAUGAAGCACAUUGCCAAGGCGGCCACCCAAGGCUACAUGGUUUCAUGGUUCCAGUACACCAUCUCGCUGGGGAGUGGUCACGUGGAGCUGACGCAGGCGCUGAAGAGAUUCCUGAAGUGGAACUUGGACAUUGUGUCGGAGUCGAACGAUUUCAACGAGCUGUGCGGGAUGAUUUUGGUGACGCUGCUGCAACAGAACGAUUUGGUUGUGCAGAGCGAAUAUACGCUGUUCGGCUAUCUCGAAAAGUGGCUCCUGUACAAAAAGGACCAACUGGACAAGGACCCGGAAAUGUCGGAGGAGGAGCGCCAGUCCGAACUAGUCAGCACGAUCGAGGCCGUGUUUGCGCACGUGCGCUUCGCCAUGAUGUCCCCGGCCGAGCUGGCCAACGUUUUGACGUGUCCGAUAUUCCGAUUCCAUAAAGAGUUUUUCGUGGAACGGGUUGCCAUCGGGAUGUGCUACCACUCGGGCCGGGACGAUCGCAUCAGGGAGAUUCGGGCACAGGAGAACGGCACCCUGCAGUUCACGCCCCGACUGUACACGAACGAUCGGUGGAGCCUCAGCAUGAUGAUCGACGAGUUCGAGAAGAUCGAAAACUAUCAGAACUUCGUGUGGUGCUUCUUCUCGCAGAAGCAUCUGUCCGAGUGUUAUGAAGACCAAAGUGUCGCAUGGGAAAUUGAGCUUUUCCCACGGGGAGUGAAGUACAACCGGGCCAUGCUGAUAGGAGUAUUCAACAUGCCAGUCAAUACGGAAAUUCCGGAAUCGAUAAUCCGGACGGUACGGUUGAAGGUUCUGUGUCAGGAACGCUUGCAGGAGGAUCAACGGUUUAGGAUCGGCGUCCUAAUCAGCGGCGUCCAGAACCGCAUCACCCACAUUCGAACGUGCCACGUGCGGACGGCGUACUUCUCGAACGACUUCCGGGUCCUGAACAUCGACAACCUGAUACCGUACGACGAGCUGCAGCUGAGCGCCGUCAAUCUGAGUCCGCACCUAAUUGGCGAAAAGCGCGACACCAUCCGGCUGCAGGUCAUCAUCGCCCCGCUCGGUGAGUACGCCUGCACCGACAUGCCAACGUUCGAGUUCAAAGACUUAUAACGAUAAGAAGCAGCGGCGCGGCGGGACCGAACAGCACACCUACUAUGUCCGUAAGGGUAAAGUAGGAAUAAGGAAGCGCGCAGUCGUUUUUCGCUUGCUGCGAUGAGGUCCGAUCCCGAACACAGGGAACGUAUCAAUCACGUGGCGGCAGACGACGGCGGCGGCGGCGACAGCAGGUUGGUCGUUUUACUUGAACCAGUAGCAAAAGGUAUCAUUUUCGUUGAUCGGGUUUGUUUUAGUUUAUCUAGCGUUUAGGAACGGGCGGGAGUUGUCGAUUUCCAGAGAAUCCAGAAAAUCUACUGAGCUGGAAAUCAAUUAUACAAAAAGCUGCUUACAAUAGAUUACCAAAAUAAUAUAUGACGCAAGUUUACAAACCAUCAUUGAUUCAUGUGCUAAUAUCUUUCACACCAGUAAAUAUAAAACUAUUCGAAUGAA